AUGGUUCCGGAGGCUGCUGCACAGGAUGCGAUGAUGGUGGACAUUGGAGACAGGGGCAGGCCACCGGGGGAUCCACCGGAUGCUCCGAGGGUUUGGGUUGAGAAGGUGACUGGCACAGCUGGUGGGGGUCGGUUGUGUCCACAUAUGGUGCUGGACGAUGAGUUUGUGGAAUCGAGGUUGCAACUUGAGUUCCCGAAUGGGCCUGGAGGAGAACCGGUUGCUACUAUUGGGAAGGAAGUCUUGGACGUGAUGAAGGAAUUAUGGAAGCAGUGUAUGAUUGUGAAGGUGCUGGGUAGGAAUGUGGGGAUCUCGGUCCUAAAUCGGAAACUGAAAGAGUUGUGGAAUCCGAAGGGGAGCAUGUAUGUGACAGAUCUGCUGAGGGGGUUCUUUAUGGUCCGGUUCGAACGUGAGGAGGAGUAUUUGGCGGCUCUGACGGGUGGUCCAUGGAGAGUGUUUGGCAGUUACUUGUUGGUGCAGGCAUGGUCCCCGGAUUUUGACCCGUUAUGUGAUGAUAUUGUGACGACGCCGGUGUGGAUCCGGUUGUCCAACCUCCCGGUGCACUACUAUCACCGUGCAAUACUGAUGGGAAUUGCACGAGGGAUAGGGGAUCCUAUUCGGGUUGAUCUUAACACGAUGAAUUUUGAAAGAGCUCGGUUUGCGUGUAUAUGUGUGGCAGUGGAUUUGUCUCAACCACUGAAAGGGACAGUCUAG